GGUGCAUACAGCACGAUAUUCAACGACUAUACAUUGAUCCUAUCAUCUGCUAUGAUAUCACGCUUGAUCUUGGAACUACGGAGCGCUACCAAGGAUUCUAACAGGUCGCGAGUCUCUGUAAUCCAAUUUGCCCCUCCUCGGCCCCAUGUUGUGUCCAUCGUAAACGAAGAGCAUGUAGCAUCGAAUCCCAGUCGGUGGGCAAGUCUUGUAAGGGACUUUGAGGAUGGCCAUUACGAAUCUCAUCCUAUUGAGAAUCCAGAGACCGAAGAAGCAAAGUGA